AUGGCUCGGUUCAGGACACGCCGUGCGAAGGUCGGGAACUGGUACGAGGACCUGUGUCUGGAGGAGGAUACUUUGAAAGAGUUUGUAGAGAAAAAGGAGCGGGGAGAGCUAGCUGUGCAGAAAACCCAACUACUAAAGGAACACAUUCUCAAACCGGUGUCUCUGUCUGUGUCCAGAGAUGGCGGGGUGCACUUCGGGGACACGGUGAUGCUGGUGAACAUUGGCAGUGCAGAGAGACAGUGCAGUGCAGUGAGUCUAAACGCAGAGGUGUCCCGGCUGACCCAAAAGCCCACCCCAGGUCUGCUGCCCCCCUGUGAGGUCAGCGCAGGCCCAGCACUACAGCCCUGCAUACGCACUGCUUUUGUCAUAACCAGUGUGGAUGGAAGUUCUGAUGGCACAAAUCUUCACUAUGAGCAAAGCUUUGCCCUGAGAACCACCAGCGGUUUUGCAGGAGGAUUUUUUCUAACCAGUGACAUCUGCACUUUUCAAAAGUGUGCAAAGAAGUCUCGCCUUCAGGAGGUGAGCCUGGAGAUGCAGGGGUCGUUUCUGUCGUGGUGGAAGGUUGUACACUUUGACCCUCAGGAGCGGCUGGAGCAUGAGGGCUUGCCUGUCCCUGCGAACGCUAAGGUGUUAAUCGUCCACUGUAAGACAAACCGGGCACUGGCAGUUCUGGGAGACCAUGUGCUUUGGACCAUGUAUGGGACAGAGUUUGAGCUGACAGCACACACUUUCCUUGACUCUCACAAAGCUGAAGCGGACAACAACCACUGGUGGAUCUGUACCUCUGACCCGGGACAGGAAGGGCUGGUGCUGUUCAACCACCCCAGUGAUCAACAACCACCCGGACAACCUGCUCUGAACGACCAACAACCUGCCCCAAGUGAGGGAGGGCUCCAGUAG